UUCAAAUUCUCAGACUAGAUGAAUUGAGAGAAAGCGAUCCGAGCGUGAUUCCUUUCCGACAAAGAAAUUAAAAUAGAAAAGAACAUGAAUAAACACGACAGGGGUUUGGUCUGUGACGAGUCAUUCUCUCCUCCUCUCCUACCACAAUUAAUCUGAGGGAUGGUUAUCUUCUCGAUCCUUGAUUGGUUUCCGUUCUAGGGUUUUCCGGUGUUGUGUAACUGCGACUGUCUUCCGUGAAAGACAGGAUCCUCUCAGCUGGACACUGCUUUCAGUUCAGGCAUUAACUGAUAAGGUAGGGUCUUACCGGCGUUGGUGGGGCCCGUACUGGUGGGUUCAUCAGGUAUCGCUUAAGCUUAAUCUGCUCUCUCUCUCUAUGUAAAAAUAAAAAGCAUUUGGUAUUUGACUGGUAUGGUCGCUAGAUUUGAACUUGUCUCUCCGGUUUGCUUGUUUUGGAUUCUCUUUUCCACUAACAUGCAUAGGAAUUUGAGAAUUGAGGGCUGGUUUUAAUUUCACUGCCUGUUGCCUGUUGGGGAUGACUUCGAUAUUCGAUUCGUUUGCAUGACUCCGAGUGGAGCAAUCAUCCAAGGCGGAGGAGAAAGAGAAAAAGAGAAUGCAAUUUUGUAACCAGCUCGUGAAUUAACCGUUUGGUUUUGUUGGAACAGGAAUCGCCACUGGCGAGCAAUUGGUUUCUUCCGCUAUUUGUUGUUACUACUUUAAGCUGUUUGAUGGUGCUGUUUGGGCAAUUUGUGUGAUUAUCUGGUUGGAGAUUGUUUUUUCCCUUCCCCUUUUAAUCUUAUCAUUGAGUUACGGAAAAUUGGGGGGAGGUGGGGGAUAGCAUAUCCUAUACACUACAGUGGGUGAGGAUGGAAAAGGGGAUGGCACCUCUUGAGGGUAAUGAUGGUUGCAUUGUGGUGAAUGAUACUAAUUCCGAAGACCCCAAAUAUAUCGACAUGGAAGCUGAAGAGUAUGGGAUUGAUAUUUCAAAGAAUGGAAUUCAAGGUUUUGCAUCAGACAAGGGUGAGGGAAGUAAUGUGGUAUUCUCUAGAGAAGGACCUCUUGUCAGGAAGGAGUCAAGAAUGCCCUCCAGUUGUAGUUAUAGUGCCAAGAAACUCAAAUCUCGGGUUGAUGUGGUAGACUUCAAUCCGGAGAGGAAGGAUAAAGUUGGGCAAGAGAAGAAACUCAGUAGACAAGAUAGGAUUGAGUUGGGUCGCAUGUUUCAGGGUGCUGUUAGCUCCCAUGAUUGGGAAGCUGCUGAGAAUUUGAUCCUGGUAGCUGAUCCGCAAACCCUGAAUGAUGCUUUGUGCAUCACUCUGGACUCAAUAUGGUUCUUGAGCACUCACGAAGAGCUUUAUGGGAUAACGGAAUUAAUUAAGAAGAUCAUUGUCAAUGGUGCGUAUGACUUCACGAGAGCUGCCUUGCGUACUUCAUUUCUUGCUUCGUGUGUUUCUGCUUGUCAGAGCCGUACAAUGAGUCUUGCAGAUACAGUCACAGUAAUGGCCCAAAGGUUGCAUGAGCGCCUCCAGGAAUGCAAUGGAGAUGAGGUCUUGAAGGCAGAAGCUGCUGCUAAGGUUCAAAAGUUUACUGAAUGGGCUCUGAAAUGUAUAGGCUUUCAUUCUCGCUCUCAAGGUAAUAAGGAUAAAGUUAACAAUAGCUCAUCGGUUGAGAUCCAACUCCAGUUAUCAGCAUUUAAGGCAUUCAUAGAUCUUGCUGGUAACCAGCUUUCUGGGAAGGACUUCACUGAGGCCUUUGAUGCUGCUUGCUUUCCCCUAACUCUCUUCUCUAGUUCAUUCGACUCUGGCUGGGCAUCUGGGAUCUCGGCAACUGCAAUUCAAGGUUUGCUGGGUAUGUUGGUGGAGGGGGGCGCAGACAAUGUCAAUCAGUGCUUCCUUGAAGCCUCUCGUUUUGGGAGUACUGAGCUUGUGCGCAUCUUAUUGCAGAUUGCCCAAAGGAACAGUUUGGAUGUUGAUGUUGACCUGGCUUUGGGUUUUGCUUCUCACUACUGCAAGAUUGGUACUAUGGAAUGUCUUGUCGAAGAGGGAAAUGCGAUAGCUUUCUUGGGCCCUCUAAUGAGAGCUGCUGAGAGGGGCUGUAUGCAGGUUGUUGAGUGGUUUGUGAAAAGGGGCUGCCGAGACAUGGAGCUCUGCCUUGCUCUCACUGCUGCAACUUCUAGCAGCCAAGUUGACGUUGCUGCCUAUCUCCUUCCUCAUGUUCCUCAUCAUGUCCUUGCUGCACUCAGCAUUGAAAUUGUGAAGGCUGCUGGCGAACGAAGUGGUGGUUCUCUUGAUGGUGUUGCAUUUCUUCUCCAUUCCGACUUCUUAGGUGAUCCUGCAGCCACUUAUGCUGUUGCCAACAGUAUUGCUUUGUCUGAUGAUGAGGGUGUAGCUCCCGAGUUAAAGGCUUUUCUUCGUGUGCACUGGUCUCAGGAAGCUUUCUUGGAUGGAAUAAGACAAGGACAAGAACACUACAUUAACAUUUUGAGGAUUUUAAAAUGGGGUGAAUCUCCUAUCUGCUUAAGAGAUCUUCCAACCCCUCUAGGGAUAGCGAUUGGUUACCUGCCACUGUAUAGGGAGUGCGUGAGGGCGGGUGGCUGUUUGUUGUCACAAAGGCUGAGAGGACAGCUUGUAGAAGCUGUUAGCCGGCUUGGCGGUGGAGUCUUAGAAGGGGCGGGCCAGUGCAAAGAGCUAUUGGCUGUUCUGGAGCAUCAUCUUCCUCCAUUUUUCACUCGAUCUGCCUAGCACUGUGCAGCAAGAUGUUGCACGUAGACAUUCGGGGACUUGGUUUCCCCUUGUCCGAGGCUGUCUGAUCAAUUUGUAAUGGAUUAUAACAACAGUUCAGAGAUGGGGUCGGUGACAAAGCCAAGGCUUGUCAAUUUUCAAUCCGUCAUAUGUUGUUGCCUUGUAAUUUAGUUCGCGUACUGUCUGCGUGACGCAUGCAUUUCUGAAUGCGCAUGUUGUUGUUCUAUCAUUUAAGACAAAGAAACCAUGUGAUAUUCCAUAAGAGAGCUGGCCGGCCAGCCACAGACAAAAACACUGAAUUGAAUUGCAAGUCUUAGUUCGCCUUCCCUA